AAACGACACAUUCACCGAGUCCAGGCUCCUCCCAAACACUUACAUUGAUAUGUUUACUCAUCACUGACUAACCUUCAAUACGAGUCUUUGGAAGGAAUCCUGACAGUGUAUCUGCCUGGUGUACAAAGAUAGGGGUAUCAAAGCCAAACAUCUCAUAAUAGGAAUACCCUUCAAACGACUAGAGCAGUUCUGCUUUUAAGCAGUUAAAGGACUUUAUAUAUAAAAUGUUUUUUAAAUAUUCUUAAAAGACAAUUUACUAAAGCGGUUAUUUAGAAUUGACACUCACGAUGUUUGCGUUACCGACUUUGCAUUUUACGCCGCAGCAAGUUGCACAAGUUUGUGAGACUUUGGAAGAAAGUGGUGACAUUGAGAGACUUGGAAGGUUUCUGUGGUCAUUGCCAGUGAAUCCGUCUGCAUGUGAUGCUUUAAACAAACAUGAAUCUGUGUUAAGAGCACGAUCUCUUGUAUCUUUCCAUACGGGGAACUUUAGAGACCUUUAUCAUAUUUUGGAAAAUCAUAAAUUCACAAAAGAAUCUCAUGCUAAACUGCAAGCUAUGUGGCUGGAGGCACACUACCAAGAGGCAGAAAAACUUAGAGGCAGGCCUCUUGGUCCAGUCGACAAAUACAGAGUCCGCAAGAAGUUUCCUUUGCCGAGGACAAUUUGGGACGGGGAACAGAAGACACAUUGUUUUAAGGAAAGGACGAGAAAUCUUCUUAGAGAAUGGUACCUGCAGGACCCGUACCCGAAUCCCACAAAGAAGAGAGAAUUGGCACAAGCCACAGGGUUAACACCAACACAAGUUGGAAAUUGGUUCAAAAACAGACGACAAAGAGACCGAGCAGCAGCUACAAAAAACAGACUCCAACAGCGUCAAAUGUCUGGGGAUAAGCUGAGUCGUUUAGAUUCGUCAUCGCCGACGCCAGGUUCGCUCGCUUCAUUCGACGAAGAUGACAAAAUAGACAUUGAUGAUGAUGACGACGACGAUUUGGAUUUAGAUGAUUCUAGAAGUAGCAAUAGUUCACCUUUAUUAUCCCAUGGACAUCCGGAAAUGCCGUCUCCAACAUAAACAAAUUAAGUCAUAAAUGUUUCUGUUGCACGUGACAUGAUGAAAACGUACUUGUAUGACGUCAUGAAUAUUCAAUGCCGGAAGCGGAAGUUCUUGCCAUGUAUCCGUGCUUACUGUCUGUCGUUUGUCCGCUUCCUCACGUAUGUGUAUAUAUACUUAUUUAUCCGGACAUACAGACACUGGAAUGGUGAAAAAGAGGUUGAGGUUUUUGACUUGUUUACAAAAAGACAAAAGUUUUGUAAAUGAUUUAUUUAUGCCUGUUUUGUUGUAUAUAUACCUGUAAGUCAUAUGUUGAAUAAUGGAAAUGGCAGAGUGACAAAGACAAAGGAGUUGAAUUAAUAUAUGAUGAAUUAAAACAACAAAUCUAAUAUAGGUAAAGAUAAUUGAACGCAAUAGAACAAUUUAUUAGUUGUAUUUACUCGACUGACGAUCUUAAAUUAAUUCCUUUCGUAAAGGAACGAGUGUCAGUAUGUCAUGAAAAUUAUGUUAGCAUUUUUAUUGAAUAAGUGCUUAUUAUAAUUUACCUUUAAUAUGUGUGUAUGUACAAUACAUAUGUGUGUUAUGUGAUUAUAGAAUUAUGUGGUUCACAGUUACAUAGUUGUAUGCAUGGAGAAUUUGAAAUGUUAUGUCCCCGUUAUUUUAAUUGAGAAUAAAAUGAAAACAAAUUUAAACAACA